AUGGCUUCGGAAAAGCGUCAGAAGGCGAUUGACCUGUCCCAUCACCUAUCCUAUGUCUCACGGGCUAGAACCACCUCACCCCUGAAGGGUCUCUCGAAGUACAUGGGGCGGCCGGGCCUGAUCAGUCUCGCUGGAGGGAUGCCUAGUGAGACAUACUUUCCCUUCGAGACUGUCAGCGCGGAUGUGCUUGUUCCGGACUCGUUCACUUUGAAGGAGACUGGUCAGGAGUCGGGCAUAUCAUGGUUUUGGAAGCUGUUCGCCAGGUCAAACAAGCCAAAGACAGCGCCAGUCUCCAUUCCCAAGUUCCCAGAAGCGCCCGGAGAUGUGAACCUUGCUGUCGCAUUGCAAUACGGAACGGCUACUGGCAUCCCCCAGCUCCAGAAAUUCAUUAAGGAUUUCGUGGAUAAGGUAUACCAACCGGCCUAUAGCGACUACUCUAUCUUGGUUCAGACUGGUAACACGGAUGGUUGGUCGAGGGUAAUGCAGACCAUCAUGAACCCGGGAGAGGGCUUCUUGACAGAGGAAUGGACCUAUCCGUCCGCGGUAUCAGCCAGCAAGCCGUUCGGAAUGCACCCUGUCCCAGUCGCGAUGGACAAGGAUGGGAUGAGUAGCAUCGAUCUUCGCAAGGUCCUCUCUGAAUGGGAUGAGACAGUUCGUGGAUGCCGGCGCCCUCAUGUCAUGUAUACUGUUCCCGUCGGACAGAACCCGUGUGGCUCUACCAUGGGCGCCACGCGCAAGAAGGAAAUCUAUGACGUCUGCGUAGAAUAUGAUGUCAUCAUUGUCGAAGAUGAUCCGUACUUCUUCCUUCAACAAGGCGACUAUGUCCCCAAAACAGAUCGCGGUUCAGAGUCUGCGUCUCAUCUCAACGAUGAGGAUUGGCUUUCCAGCCUCGACCCCAGCUACUUGAAAUUCGAUUAUGAAGGUCGUGUCAUUCGACUUGAUACCUUCUCUAAGUAUAUUGCACCUGGUUCGCGAUUGGGCUGGCACACGUGCAACCCUCUGUUCGCGGAGAGGCUUGAGAGACAGGGGGAGACCAGUGCGCAGGCGCCGUGCGGCUUCGGUCAGAGCCUCGUCACACAGCUCUUGAUGACUUGGAAAUACGAUGGAUAUAUCCGAUGGCUGCAUGGCCUAGCUGUUCAGUACAAGGCGAGGCGCGACUUCUUCAUUGACUGCCUCGCCGAUGAGUUCCACUUCGAACCCUCGUCUUCGGAGAUCAGUUUCUGGAAGGGCUGCCAGGUGUUCGAUGCCUACCCGAAGCAGUCUGGUAAGAGAUUGUUUAUGUCGGAAAAAGGCUUGGGCACCAAGUUGUUCAGCUUUGUGCCUCCGUCGUCUGGGAUGUUCAUUUGGAUUCAAAUUCACUUCGAGAACCACCCCACAUAUCGUUCGCGGCAUGCGGACGAGCCGGACGAACGCCUUGAGAUGCAGCUGUGGACGAAGAUUGCCGAAGCUGGCGUCCUGGUUUCUCCGGGAUGGUUCUUUGCAGCUGAUACCGAGAACCCGCCCACGGAUGAAGUGGAGGGCCACUUCCGCAUUAGCUUCAGCAACUCCGACUUCGAGUCGCUUAAGAAGGCAGUACACGUUUUCUCCAAGUGCACCAAGGAUUUCUUUAAGGCGUAG